UGCGCAUGUGCUGGACUAACUGCACAGGAUGCUGCUGUCGCUACUCCCGCCGCCGCUGCUGCUGCUGCUGCUGCAAUGGUCGAUCACAAGUGGAGCCACCGAUCCCAUAUACCUGGUGACAGUCACUUCCCAGGUGGUGGGUGGCAAGACAGAGACUCUGUGUGCACAGAUCCACGAGCCCAAAGAACCGCUUUCUAUAGUGGUAACUUUGAGGACUGACAAUCGCAAUCUGACCAUUCUACAACAGGGCUCAAUUAAAAAGGAUUUCUACAAAUGUGUCCCUUUUAAGGUCCCUGUAGUCACUGUAGAGUCUGUGGCAUCCGUCGAUGUUGCAAUCCAAGGGGCCAAAACAUCCCUGAACAAAAUCACUAAGAUCCUCAUAAAUCCCCCCCAAAAUCUUCUUUUCAUCCAAUCAGACAAGCCUAUCUACAAGCCUGGACAAACAAUUAAAUUUCGCAUUGUGUCUCUGGAUUCCAAUUUCUUGCCUCACAAUCAAGUGUUUCGAACUGUAGAACUCCGGGACCCUUAUUCAAAUCGCAUUGGUCAGUGGUUGAAUCGGACCACAAGGAUUGGUAUUUUGGAUCUGUCCCACUCCAUGUCUCCAGAAGCCUCUCAGGGUUACUACACGAUCACUGCUUGGGAUGAUAAGAACCAACAAAUAUCACAUGGCUUUGAAAUUAAAGAAUAUGUUCUGCCAAAAUAUGAAGUGAACAUCGAUUUUCCAUCCAUUAUAACCACCCAGGACAAAGUGGUCACUCUGAAAGUUUGUGCAAAAUACACUUAUGGCAAGCCUGUGCUGGGGUCUGUGAAUGCUGAAGUGUGCAGCCAGAUCUAUGGUUAUUAUUGGCGGAGACCUUUCCCUGACAUGGUUAACGUAUGCAAGAAAUAUUCAAUGACGACUGAUAAGACUGGCUGUGGGUCUCGGGUGAUAAAUAUGACAGAAUUGGGCUUGACUUCAGGAGGGUCUUUGCAAGUGAAUUGUAAUGUGGAAGAGUCUGGAACAGGGAUAACUAUGCAGGGUUCUACCUCAGCUCAGUUUACCAGUGAUUAUGUCUAUGUUAACUUUGAGGACACACCAGAUACAUACAGGCCUGGCAUGGCCUUUAAAGGAAAGUUUGUGGUUACUAAUUCCCAGUCCAGACCAAUGAAAAAUGAGCCAGUUAUUGUAUAUGCACAUUAUGAUGAUAAAAGUAUCAAUGUGACACUGACGACAGACAUCAAUGGUACUGCCCACUUCUCCUUCAACACUUUGGAUUGGUCAGAAAAACCUGUGCAAUUACAGGUCCAUCAUAAGGGAGGUAUAGAACGGACUGAUUUUGAGGCUUUUAGAUAUUAUCCAUCAGGCUAUCACUACGUAAGACCCUUUCACUCCAAAAGCAAAAGUUUCCUGAUGUUGACGAAGGCUCCAGAGAAGCUCAGCUGUAACAGUGAUGCAACAGUGAUGGCCAGUUACAUCAUCCAGGGCAGUGCACUCAGAACAGGCCAGAAAACCUUGGAUUUCUUCUACAUUGUCUUGUCCAGAGGCAGCAUGGCUCAAAAUGGUCGUUUGUCUGUGAGUGUGAACACCGGGAGAGAAAACAAAGGAGAACUGACAUUCUCACUGAAGAGCACGGCAGCUCUGACUCCAUACGCUCAGGUGGUGGUUUACACAGUUCUUCCCAAUGGAGAAGCUGUAGCAGACAGUAUGAACUUCCCCAUUGAAGAAUGUUUGCCAAACAAGGUGUCCUUAAAGUUCUCGUCUCCCACCGCACUACCUGGAGAGAGGACAUCUCUUAACCUGAAAGCCAGCCCUGACUCCUUGUGCUCCGUGCGGGCCAUUGAUCAGAGUGUGCUGCUGUUGAGACCAGAGGCCGAGCUGAAUGCAGCCUCUGUCCUUCGAAUGUUACCAGUCCAGAUUUCGUCAGGUUACCCAUACAACAUUGAGGAGUGGGAGUCUAACCCCUGCCGACAUCCCUGGGAGAUAAUCCCUUUUGCUGAACCUGCGAGGCGCAAGCGCUCCUCCAUCUAUUACCCUUACUACGACAACAAAAAUGAUGUCUACAACAUCUUUAGAGGAGUUGGAAUCAGAAUCACUACCAACUCUGAUGUGAAAGCACCUGUUGUUUGUCGUUAUUAUAAGACAAUGUUUAAGGAAGCUGCUGUGGACGAUGGUUUGCGCAGAGACUUUGACGGGCCAGAGAUAGGGUUUGGUUCAAAAGUGUCAAAACCUGCUCAGAAGAUCCGCAAAUUCUUUCCAGAAACCUGGAUAUGGGAUCUUAUACCUGUGGGGAGAUCGGGAUCUGUGGAUGUCGCAAAGAUUGUCCCGGACACCAUCACUAAAUGGGCAGCAGGAGCUUUCUGCACAUCCCCUGUCGGGUUUGGAGUGGCCCCCAAGACUGAUCUCACUGCUUUCAAGCCCUUCUUUGUGAGCCUCACGCUCCCCUACUCUCUUAUCCGUGAGGAGACGUUCACUCUUAAAGCUUCUGUAUUCAACUACCUCCCCAAAUGUAUCAUGGUGAAGGUCACGCUGGCAGACUCACCGCAGUUCACAGCUCAACCGUGUAGAGGCUGCACAUACACUCAGUGUGUUUGCUCUGAAGAGAGCAAAACCUUCCAGUGGAUUAUUACACCAUCUGUACUGGGAAAGGUGAACAUUACAGUGCGCGCUGAGGCGGUGCAGAGCCGAGAACUGUGUGGCAAUGAAGUGGUGACUUUGCCGGACAGGGGCAGAACUGAUACUGUGAUGCACAGCGUUCUGGUGGAGGCAGAGGGAACUAAGCAGUCAAUCACUCAGAAUGAACUCAUCUGCUUAACAGACCGUCCAGAGGAAACAUCAGUCUCUCUCACUCUACCCAAAGUGUUUGUCAAGGAUUCUGCCAAAAGCUUUGUCACUGUUCUGGGUGAUCUGAUGGGUCGUGCUCUGAGGAACAUCGGUGAUCUGUUGGCUAUGCCGUACGGCUGUGGAGAGCAAAACAUGCUGCUUUUUGCCCCCAAUAUCUACAUUCUUCAAUACCUGGAGAGCACCGGGCAACUCACUCCUCGGAUUAAAGACCGAGCCAUAAACUUCCUGGAGAGCGGCUAUCAGAGAGAGCUGACAUACAAGCAUUAUGACGGAUCUUACAGUGCUUUUGGCAGCAGUGAUCCUUCUGGAAACACCUGGCUAACUGCGUUUGUGAUGAAAAGUUUUGGUGGGGCAAGGCAGUAUAUAUUUAUAGAUCAGGAUAACAUCGAUCAGGCAAAGGAAUGGCUGGAGCGACAGCAACUGGAUAAUGGCUGCUUCGCCUCUGUUGGGAGGCUCAUCCAUACUGAAAUGAUGGGUGGCGUCAGCAAUGAAGUCACUCUCUCUGCAUACAUCACUGCUGCACUGCUGGAGUUAGGCGUCCAGAGAACUGAUCCCAUGAUGGAGAGAAGCCUUACAUGUCUGAGGGGAUCUUCCAGUGACAUUACCAACACUUAUGUGACCGCCUUGCUGUCCUACACAUUCACUCUUGCUGGAGAUGAACAGAUGAGACAGAACCUCCUCUCCAACCUGGACAAUCAGGCCAGGAGAGAUGGUGUCGGACGAUAUUGGACUCUGGCUAAUAAUGCGCAACCGACGGGCUCUCUGGAGGUAGAGAUGAGUGCCUACGUGUUGCUGGCGCUGCUCUCGGGACCCACACUGCCUGGAUUUGGACUGAACUACUCUGCUGGCAUAGUGCACUGGCUAAGCAAUCAGCAGAACGCAUAUGGAGGCUUCUCCUCUACACAGGAUACUGUAGUAGCGCUCCAGGCCCUCGCUAAGUACAGUGCUGCCAUCUACAAUCCAGAAGGAUCCAUUACCGUAACCGUGACCUCCCCCUCAGGCCAGAAGAACCAGUUCACCGUGAACCGGAACAACCGGCUGCUUUACCAGGAGAAACAGCUGCAGGAAGCUACUGGCACAUACAAUCUGAGGGCAGAAGGCAAAGGCUGUGUGUUUGUGCAGUUUGCCUUGCACUACAAUAUCCCGCCUCCUCCAGACUCCUUGGCCUUCAAAAUCAAUACAAAUACUGGGGUUUGCAACAACACAAGGAUCCCAGCUUUUACACUAACCACCACUGUAAGGUAUGACGGCACACGAAUGGAGACCAACAUGGUGAUCAUUAACGUCAGGUUCCUGUCUGGGUUUAAGCCGGAUGAGACGUCUCUGCAGGCUCUGAGGGAAGACCCCACCAUCAAACGUGUGGAUCUGGAUGAGGAUCGUGUCAUUUUCUAUUUGGAUAGUUUGAAAAAGAAUCAGGUGAAGUCCAUCAGCCUGCAGCUCGUGCAGGAAGUACAGGUGCAGAACCUGAAACCAGCUGUAGUGAUCGUCUAUGACUACUACAAGAUCAGUGAACUGUCUGUGAUUGACUACACCUCCCCAUGUGCAUAAACACUACUGCGAUGAUCUGAAGUGCUAACGGCUGAAGAACUGUACACUGGAAUAUAUGGCGAAACAGGUUUAAUACUGACACUUUUUCUGUCACUUACUUGUAAAACCUUACUGUUUUCUUAAAUAAAAAAAUAAUGCAUUUCUGCAUUCUGCACUUUAGUUGCUAUUAAACUAUUUGUUUAAUCAACAAUUGCUGCAUCAGAAA